CACUGCGCUGAAACGGCCUUUUUCAUUCCCGCUCGGUCUUCCAACCGGCAGCUCACUAGCCUUGGACUUCAUUGAGUCUACACGCCAUUCUUUUCAUCCCAAACCUUUCAGUGGCUACUGUCACAAACCCAACAUUAGCGCUCAGCCCAUCAGCGACCGCACCUGCUCCACGUUGGCGUUGAUUUCCUUGCCACCAGCCACCUCCGAACCACAAACAUCCUCCUCUCCUCAAGCACUGGUACACGCUAAUUAUCCUUCUGUCGUCUCCGCCUUCCCGUCGGAAUUAUCCAUCCUGUGAUAACCCGCCAUGGCCAUCCGCGAUAUCGUCGCCAAUCCCUCGCUGCUGCCCGUGCUCGGGCUCAGCGCCGAGACUCGCGAUCAAUGCAUGAAACUGUUGGCCGUACUCGACCCCACGGCUGAUCUGUCCGAUGACCCUCAAGAGCGUGCUCUGGCAGCCUCUCGCGAGCAGAAACAAUUGUUUGCUCUUCUGGCUCGUCUGCGGGGCCAGAACCGGGAUGCGAUUAUGCGCGUGCGCGAGACCAAGCAGUCCACUGCAGAAGCCCGCCAGGAGAUUGACCGUCUCCAUCUCCAACUCCAGAACUUGUAUUAUGAACAGCGACAUUUGACGGGCGAGAUCGCCGCCUGCGAGUCCUACGAUCACAAAUAUCGCUCCCUACCCUUGAUUCCCCUCGAAGAGUUUCUGGCUCUGCAUCCCGAGCACCAGCAGUCCGAUGAACACGAAUUGAUGAUCGCUCGCAUCAAUCACGAACAUGCGGAACGGGAGAAGCUGGAACAGGCACGACAGGAGCUGCUGAAGCGCAAGCAGGCCUUGAUCGCGGAGAACAACAAGCGCAAGGAGGAUUUGGCCAGCUUGGAUCAGGAUUUAGAGCGGUUUAUCGACGCGGCCAAACCGAUCCAAAAGAUCUUCGAAAAGGAGUAUUAGUUGGGAUUGUCUUGUUGUUUUGGGCUGGCGCAUUGGUUAGAUACCCCAAGUGAAUUUGCAGGAUAGCAUAAUAUGGAAUUAUCGG